AUGUUUCGAACCUAUGCUGGAGUGGUUAUUGAAGCUGUAACCGGUACUGAGGAGCAGGAAUCAGUUGAGAUUUUGGAGGAAGAGGUUAUCGAAGAGGUCGAUAAUGAAGCUGUGUACAUUGUGCCAGUUGGAAGUCAAGAAACAUCGGAGGUAGCGGAGCCUGUGUAUCGCAGUGAAUACGAAAGGAACCUAGCAGAAAAUUGGGCGAAGUUCGAGGAGGAAAAACGACGUCGUCAGGAGGAAUACAGGAAAAACGAAAAAUCUAUGCAGCGACGUUACAAGGAAAGUUUAGAGGCAAGAGAGCGAGAGCAGAGGGAUCACUGGGAAAAAUGUGAAGCAGAAAGGAAAAGCCGACAAGAGAAGUACAAACGAGACCUUUCUCGACAGCGCCAAGCUCAAUUGGAGAAGGAGCAAGCGCAAUCGCCACCAAAGAAGAGUAUUCGCAAACAAUAG